GGGUCGCAUUCCGAUAUCAGCAUCUCUCCAGUGUGCAUAUCAUACACUUUGUCUGCUGAGGGACAGAUAAGCCAGGGCGGAUUAAGGCGAUCAUCACACUAAUCAGGUCCACACUCCUCGGUCUGGCUCUUACUCGGCCUAAUUUGCGUACCCCACUUCUCGGCAGGAAAAAUAUACCCGCACGACCUCAAAGGUCAGCAGGUCAGGUAUCACCCAAUCUCAGGAGUAAAAUGGGCUUAAUUAAGAACCCACGUGUCGCCGCGUUCCUCGCUGGAGGCACGUUCUUCACGAUUCAGACGAUUAUCGGAGUCUCGAUAGGAAUCGGGCUGGGGUUCGGGCUCAGGGAAACGGAUGUCGUCUGGCAUCAGAGAAAUGUGAUGUACUUAACCUUUGUGGGUGACCUUUUCAUCCGCACUUUAUCCGCGCUUAUUCUGCCGCUUAUCGUGUCCUCGCUAAUCGACGCCGUGGGGUCGAUGGACCUCUCCCUCUCGAAGAAGAUUGGGACUCAGGCACUGGUCUUCUAUCUCGCGACCACCGCCGUGGCCGCCGUUCUUGGAAUCAUCCUCGCCGUGAUCGUUCGACCCGGUGACCACUCCUCCAUCGAUUCGGGUGACGAGUGCACCGCGUCCGAAUCCUCCACCGUCGACGUACUCCUCGACCUCGUGAGAAACGUCUUCCCGGACAACUUAGUCGGCGCGGCGAUGGAAGUGACUACGACCGUCGUCGACAGGUCAAACGCCUCGUUGAAUUAUGACGAGUCUCCCCUCGAGUUGACGAUGACCCCGGGGAAGAACAUGAUGGGGCUGGUGGUCUUCUCCCUCGUCCUGGGCGUCGUCCUCGGCAACAUGGGCGAGGCUGGGAAACCCGUGCUCUACUUUUUCAAAUCUCUGGGCGAAGCGUCCCUCCUCAUCACGAGCAAAGUGGUCAUGGUGUCCCCACUCGCGAUCUGUUUUCUAAUUGCGGGUCAGCUCGUGAAGCAGGACGACAUUGGAGCAGUUUUUCAGAACAUUGCGUGGUACUUUGCGACGGUGAUGGGGGGACUGGCGAUUCACGGGUGUCUCAUCCUCCCCGGUCUCUACAUCCUCCUGACACGCACCAACCCCCUGCCAUUCUUCGCCAAUAUGUUUGAAGCCUUGGCGACAGCGUUUGGAACGGCGUCAAGCUCUGCCACGCUGCCCGUCACGAUGCGCUGUUUAGAAGAGAAGAACAAGGUGGACGUGCGCGUCUCCAGAUUUGUCAUUCCGAUCGGCGCGACGGUGAAUAUGAACGGAACGGCGCUGUACCUGCCCGUCGGUGCGAUAUAUAUCGCCCAAUUGUGCGGGAGGACGCUCGGGUUUGGGGAACUGGUGACGAUAAGUUUGAUCAGUAUCGCGACAAGUGUGGGGGCAGCAGGGAUCCCACAAGUGGGGAUGAUCAUAUUGAUGACGGUGCUGGGGUCGGUGGGUCUGCCGGUCGAUUACAUGGGGUUCAUCAUGCCGUUAGACUGGCUACUGGAACGUUUCCGAACGGCGGUGAACGUUCUGGGAGACUCGAUCGGAGCAGGAAUUGUGGCGCAUAUGAGUAAAGCUGACCUGGCCAAAAUAGACGCCGCGGCGGAGGAGAGGCGUGCCAUGGAGGAGAUGGAGCAAGGCGGUGUUAACAGCCCCAGCAGUCCGCCACCCUACCAAGACGGCAAGGACGCCGUCUAACCAACGGCUCAUGAUCGGAUAGAUAGCUUAUUUAUUACAAAUUUCUCCAAAUACUACAAAUUCCUAUAUUUUGUGUCCAAAUCUGAAAAGCAGUGUGAUGAAAAAACCUGAUGAUUUUGACAAUAAACAGUAUUAGACAUUAGACAAGGAACCAA